AUGACUGUCUUCUUUGAAGGAUCCUUGCAAGAUGGAAUUGCCCAGGCAGUUCGUGACUCUAAAGCAGUAGUCUGCUUUGUCCGAGAUAACGCCCCUUUGAGCUCAACCUGGGAGGAUGAAUACUUCAAAGAUGAUGAGGUCGCGCAGUUACUUCGCCAUGGAUCCGUCACUCUACGCCUCACAGCAGGAAGCCAAGAGGCAGGCUUCCUCAGUUCAUUCUGCCCAAUUGCAGAGUUUCCUGCAGUAAUUGUGAUCAAGAAUGGCAAACUUGAGGAGUACUUGCUGCCUGGCAUAUCGAAGGAAGCCUUCAAAGACCGGCUGACUACGGUAUUACAUGAACGGAAAGGUUCUCAGCCAACAACGUCUUCAGUACAACAACACACGGCUAUCCCAGCUGCUGCUAAUCAUCACUCGUCUCCUGUUUCCUCCACUACAUCGCCAAUCUCGACCAAAUCGGCGCCAAGACAAUCAUCGAGCGAAGCAAGUCCUUCUUCACCGGGCUCUACUUCGCAGACAUUGCAGCCGGCGAAGGGCUCGCAUGCGCAGCAGUCAAAUCCAGCCAAAUUCGAUGAUCCACCAGCUCCAAUGUCCCAGCCGGUAAAGCAGGAAAAAAGAUCCAAUCCAGUACGGCAUACGAAGUCUCCAUCCGUCACUCCUCAAUCCCCAAGAAAGCCCUCCACCAGCAAAGCAAGCCCAGCCACAACCGAAGAGACUAAGCCUCAACCCCGGCCUGCUGUACCCCGCGGACCUCCAACGGAGUAUCGUCUUCAGGUUCGCCUGUUCGACGGCCGAUCUAUCCGCUCCAGCUUCACACCAACCCAAACGAUACGCAAUGACGUCCGCCCAUGGCUAGACCAGCAGAUGACCGAUGACAGACGACCAUACAACCUGAAACAUGUUCUUACCCCUUUACCUAGUCGUACACUAUCCACAAGUGAAGAGUCCCAAGCUCUUCGAGACCUGGGUCUCGGCUCAACCGCCAAUCUGGUCAUGAUCCCCGUCGCUUCUUACACCGAGGCGUAUGCAUCAGCUGCCACCAGCUUGCCCACGCGUGGUCUCUCGGCAGUCUACGGCGUGGUCACUUCGGCAGCUAGUAUCGCGACAAAUCUCGUUGGUUCAUUCCUUGGCUAUGCAUCCAGUGCGACGGAAAGCAGCACACAGGCCCCGUCGGCUAGCACCGCCCCGGUCGAAAAUGCGCAACGACCUCGAACUGGGGGACCGAAUAUUCGCACAUUGCAUGAUCAACAAGGCGGUCGUGAUGAUAGUCAGUUUUACAACGGGAAUCAGUUGAAUUUCGAGCCGCGAGCUUCGGAGCGCAAGAAUGAUUGA